UGAACACUGGUGCAUUGUCGUCAACGUUAUCAGUCGAGACCUUCAAACGUCGAUGAUAAAAUAUUAUCGAAAACAAACUACGAAACCAGUCAAACACACGGACUAUACAUAUAUCUAACCACAGACGACUAUAUAACGAUAAAUUAUGAAUAUUAUGUUAUGAUAAUACGAUGCAUAUCAUUGUAAAUUGUAAUGAUUGUAUUGUUAUUUCAGAGGCGUGUGCGCUUCGCUGGUAAACAAAAUAUUAAAUAAUAUGUUUGUCUUGUCUUUGGGUGAACCAUCAUUUGCAUUUGGUUUGUGUUUCCGUCGGCAUAUUUAUCAGUUGAUGACGGCUCCACCGCCACCGCCGCCGUCGUUCACGUCGCCGAGGCCGCUGAAUCGCGACACGCAUGUUUCUGUUCAACUGCCGUCCCUUGAUGUCAUGUAUGACUGAUGUCACCAAAUCGACGUACCUGUCAUCCAGUAAACAUAAUGGUAUUGUCAAGUCAUCCCAGUAUUUCACUAAAGUAAAGUAUCAAAAUGGAGCUAUUCGUAAUGGUCACCUAAAACCAUGGAAAAAGAACCUUUAUUCCAAUGAAGGUUAUCCAGAUAAUUAUACUGAUAAGUCUUUCCUAGAAGAAUUGAGAAAAAACCUUCAUGUACGAAAACUUACACUUCUAGAAGCAAUCCUGGGAGCUGGUUUAAUUACACAAAGAUUAUGCAUAGUGGUAAUUUUUGCAUUAUCUUUUUAUGCUCUGAAUUGCAAUUUAAUUUCUCCACUAUUAUUGCUAAUGUCUUCUAUAAGUUUUAGUUUUAUCAUGUAUCUCUUGCUUUAUGAAAAUUCCAAGGCAUUUCCAUUAUGGUUGAUGAAGUCAGCGUGUGCAUUUGUGAUAUCUGGUUAUAUUUUAUCACCUGUGUUGAAAACAUUGACUGAAACUAUAAGCACCGACACCAUUUAUGCUACAGCCACGGUAAUGAUGUGUGUACAUCUUGUAUUUUUUGACUAUGGGGUAUCAGCAGUUAUAGUUUCAACAUCACUGUCAUUAAAUGCUGCCUUAUUUGGUUCAAUUUGUUUAUGUUCAAGACUACAAACAGCUUUCCAUGUAUUUGUAUUUAUCACAAUAGCAGUACAAUGUUUUGCUGUAUCACCGAUACUUUUAUCGCCGAUCAAAUCUUCCAUUACCAUCUUAUUGUUGUUUGUAACUGUUACCUUUGUAUUAUGUAUGAGGGUGUCAUCAUUAAUGAGUGGACUAUUUGUACUUACUGUCUUAUUCAUUAAUCUGAUGUGCCCAUACUAUUUUGUUAAAUGGCAUUCAUUCAAAGACAACAUUUAUGGACCAUGGGAUGAAGCUAUUGUGCAAGAUAUUAAAAUAAAAGAUUUCCAUGUAGACUGAAAAGUGAUGAGGGUUCUCUAAUUAAAUACUGUUUAAGAAUGUGUGAUAUCGACAACCAGUAACUGUUAUCUUGGUUUUCCAAAAAGUUACCAUUCUUCUAUUAUGUAUUAAGUUUAAGUAAUAUAUUAUCAAUUGGAACCAAAUUGUGUUGGUUGAUUCCUUAAUGGCACUCUAGUGGUUGUAUUUCAUUAUAAAUUAUGUUAAAAUUAAAAGCAUUGCGUGUUAAAAUUCAUUUUUUUAAGUUUGUUAUUUUAUUAGUAAAAUGUGUUGAUUAUUUUAAUUUGAAUUAUUAUAUAUAUAUAUAAUAUGAGAUAUCAUCUAUGUGUUACACUGUUACGCUAACUGAAUUUUAAUAUUUUUUCACUGUAUCGUUAAGAUUUAUCCCACCAGUAUAUAAUUCUAGUAUUACUAAUAAUGUAUUAUUAAUUAUAUUAUGGUGUUCUUUUUUAAUCUUUUAUUAUCAGAUUUAAUUCAUAGUGAUGCCAACUCUAAAGUAUAGUUUCAUCAGGAGCAUGCCUAGAAAUUGUUUCGUCUGUGAAGGGGGGGGGGGGGUUCAAUAUUUUUAUGAGCAUGUAUUAAAAUGUAUUUAUUUCACUAAGUAAUACUUUUUUUCUAAAUUCGUUAAAAUAUUGAGGGGGAUUGAAUACCCAAAUCCCCUUCCAGGCACGCCCCUGAGUUUCAUGCUAAUGAAUAAUAACUCAAUUACCUAUUGUCAUAUUCAUAAAAUGUGUUAAUUGUCUUGUCAUUUUUUAAUGAAGAAUGAAUCUGUGGGAAAUAACUACAAGUCAUUUAAAAUCUUUGAAUAUUCCUUUAAAUUAAUUUUGUGUAGUAGAAUUACUACUUAAUUCAGAGUAAAUAUUAAAUUACAGUAGGUACAUUAACUUAUUGCAUUGUUCACUGGGGUCAGUACUACGUGUGACAAUGAGACAUAGGAAUGUGGGAAAUAUCUCAGAUAAAUCAUGAGUUCUAUAAAUUUACUAAUACAAAUGUAUAUACAUUUCCAAAAUGUUUACACAAUCCAGAUUAAAAAAUAUCAGUAUUUAUUCAUUUUGAAAUAUCAUAAAUCAAUUUGUUUAACUUCUUUUGGCUAUUAUUCCAUAUUUCCAUCCAUGGUAUGUCCUUAGUACUAACAAGAAACACAAGUUACCAUUAAUAAUGUUCGAAGUUUUAAUUUUAAUAUGCAUAAUAUGUUAUUUUUUAUAAAAAUAUCUACUAUGUAAUGAAAAAAAAUAUAAAAAUUACUUUUGCAUUUUCUAUUAGUAAUGCAAUUAAAACAAUGUAUUAUUCAUUUCAUACACUUUACGAUUAGAGAUGGCAAAACUAGUUGAAUAAUUGCUGUGUACUAAUUUGUUUAAUAACAAGCAAAAAUAUUGUUUGAAUUUAUUUUGUUUGAUUAUUGCACAUUUCAUAUUUUCAUUUGUAUGUAUACCUAAUAUGUUUUUUUUUAUCAUUAUUAUUAUUAUAACUAUAAUUUUUAAGAACAUAUUCUAAGUACAAAUACAUCAAAACAUUUAAAUGAUUUGUAUAAUAUAAUAUUAAUAUAGGUGUGUCUUACUUACGAUAAUUAUGUGAAUGGAGUUUAAAAAAACAAGCAUUAUAUUUUCAAAUAUUUUAUGUAGACAUAAUUGUUUUAAAACAAAUGUAAUGUAAUUAAUUUUUAAGGAUGCUGGAUAUUAAUUCCAAUAAUUGUCAUUGGUGUCUUGGCCAUCUGUGAUGUAGUGUACCUAUAUUAAAGUCAUGUAUUCUUUUUUCAAACGAUCUCUGCACAAUUGUUGCUUUUUCGUCCACUGAAAUGCAGCAAAAACAAUAUGAUUUACAGUAAUACACAUAAUACAUGAUAGAUAUAGAUAUUAUUUAAAUUAUUAUUUUCUCUUUUAACAUGACGUGUUAAAUGAGUUUUUUUGAUUAUUAUAGGUACAGGCCACCCAUACUUUUAAAUUUUGUAUUUCACGUGGUUCGAUAUUGCUCUGUAAACAUUUGUAUGACUUAUUCCAUUGAUUAUAAAUUCGCAUAUGCUAAUACAUAUAAUGUACAUUUUUAAUUUCUUUGAUUUUAUGGAUUCAUUACAGUUUACACAAACACACGGCCCAUGCUUUGUAUGUCUUAUUAAUGUUUUAAUAAAAGUAAAAAAUGAUAUGUUAUUUCCAUACUUGAUACGUUAUUGUUUUGUAAUACCACGAUUCACGUAAUUAUACAAAAUAAUUAAGAUUGUGCAUUGGGUACACAUAUCACAGCUAAUGUGCAUAAUAUAUUAUUUAUCUGAAAGUAGUUUUUUGUUAUUAAUAUGUAUACGUAUAAUAAUUCCUAAUUAUUUGUCAAAUUUGUUUUUUAUUUCGUGUCGUAGGUAGUUUCAGAUGUCUAUUAUCUAUUUGGGUUCUAGCUAAGUAAUAUGAUUUAUAAUGAUAACCUAUAAAGCUAUAAGCUAUAAUAUAUUAUUGUGCAGUGUACACACGAAACGCCAAUCAACAUUAUUCCCGAUCAUAAAAUAAUAAUUAAUAGGUAAUAUAUACCUAUUGUAUAUCGUGGUACGUGGUACGUAUACUGUUUAGGUUGGGUAUAAAAAAUGUAUAAUCUGUUAUAUACCUAGUCAUUAUAUUUGUAUAAAGCUUUGUAUUAUCAUAUUUUAUCUAUAAUGAUCGUCACGUGAUAUUUGGUAAGACACAUACUUGUACAGUUGUACUUAUAUUACGAUAUACCUAAUAUCAUGUCUGCACGUCCAUGUAAACACUCGUGUAAACGCCAUUCAGUCGUGUCCACGUGUUUGCCCAAGAUCCCAACCGUUAAUUCGUCAAAUAAAAGUAGCAGUGUUAUGACGGGCUUAAGCAUUGUGAUGUGACUAACGAAUAAUUAUAAGUUUACCUAAAUAUUUAUUUUAUUGAUAAUACUAUUAUUUGCUAGCCGACAAUUCGGUUUAAUUCGGUUUUUUUAUUUCGGAGCCAAAGAAUUUAUUUAUACAAUGUUUGUUAAAUGUAUAAUUAUUAAUAUUAUUAAUUGCCUUUUAUUUUAUAUAUAAAUUGUUGGAAAAUAAAUAUAUUAAUACAAUAUUA